UGGCGAAAGUCUGCCUAGUUUGACAUCAGAUGCUACCGAUUGGAAGGUGCCCCCCCCCCCCUUUCUGGUGAAUCAGCGAACUCGCCCGUCGUAGUUGUUCGAAUUUGAACAUGCCCAGAAGCUGCGGCUGAAGCAGCCGGUCCCUUUGCCCUUUCUCUGUGCGACUGCACAACGUGGGAAACUAGAGCUCUGCUUUGGAAGCAAAGGUGCCGGGAUCGGUUUCUUUACCAUGGGGAGUCACGAAGCGGCGGCGGUGGAGGGAACGGGCCAAUUUCCAGACAAUGGUAGUCCAGAAGUUGCCAACGAAGAAUCCAGAAGGUUCACCAAAGAACAGAUAUUUGUAAUGGCAGCAACAGCAUCCAUGAACUUCAGUUCAAUGAUUUGUUAUUCAAUCCUGGGACCCUUUUUUCCAAGAGAGGCAGAACAGAAAGGUGCUAGUAGUACGACAGUUGGAUUCAUUUUUGGAUGCUUUUCCAUGUGCAACUUCCUCAGUUCUCUGAUAAUGGGCAAAUUUCUUGUCCAGAUUGGAGCAAAAUUUAUGUUUAUUUCUGGAAUGUUUCUGUCAGGAUGUGUCACAAUUCUGUUUGGAAUGUUGGACAGAGCACCUGAUGGGCCAGUAUUUAUAGGACUAUGCUUUUUGGUUCGAGUAGUUGAUGCAGUUGGCUUUUCUGCAGCCAUGACAGCCUCAUUUUCUAUUGUUGCAAAAGCCUUUCCCAAGAAUGUUGCUACUGUUAUAGGCAGUCUUGAAAUUUUUACUGGACUAGGACUAGUUCUGGGUCCACCUAUUGGUGGUUUUUUGUACCAGUCUUUUGGCUAUGAAAUCCCUUUCAUUGUACUUGGAUGUGUAGUGCUGAUUAUGGUGCCUCUGAACAUGUAUCUUUUACCCAGAUAUGAUUCACCUCCUAGUAAAGAUUCUUUCUGGAAGCUUAUCACUAUACCCAAAAUUUUCCUCCUCGGUUUUACUAUAUUUUCGCUAAGUGCAUCAUUGGGCUUUCUAGAUCCAACAAUGUCACUAUUUGUCAUAGAAAAAUUCCAUUUACCAGCUGGAUAUGUGGGAUUAGUGUUUCUGGGUUUAGCCCUCUCCUAUUCCUUGUCUUCACCGUUACUUGGAUUCCUGAGCGAUAAAAAACCACCUUUAAGAAAGUGGCUGCUGAUCAGUGGAGGCUUAAUUACAUCAGUAUGCUAUUUCCUGCUAGGACCAGCUCCCAUCUUACACAUUGAAAGCAAACUGUGGCUCUUUGUUCUAAUGCUAGUCAUCAUUGGGUUUUCCCUUGCACUAAAUGGUAUGCCAGCAUUCCCUGAGAUACUCAGUUGUGCAUAUGAAAAUGGAUUUGAGGAAGGAUUAAGCUUGUUAGGGCUGGUCUCAGGACUCUUCAAUGGAUUAUGGUCACUUGGGUCUUUUGUAGGACCAGUAUUAGGUGGAUUCCUAAAUGACCAGCUGGGUUUUGAGUGGGCUGCAGCCAUCCAAGGUGGAUGGCCACUACUAAGUGGACUGGCUAUUGGAAUUUAUUAUAUCUAUGAGACUUCAUGUAGAAGAAGAUCCUUUUCACAAGACGUGCUGGGUACAGAGCAAGAAAGAGCACCUCUUUUAUCUAGAGAUACAUAGUUGGAAAUCUUCCCUACCAGUUGCUCAAAUCCAAUUUUGUGUGCCUAGAAGCAUUAACUCACCCAUAAGGGAUUGUACAGAACCCUCUGAAAUGCCCUGUGAAGAACUGAAGCUUUUAUAACUGUAAUGUACCAUUCCAUCAUUUAGAUAACUAGUGCCUUUCUAUUUUGGGCAUUCAUAUGGUGAGUUAUUUGAACUGACUGUACCUGAGAGUAUUUGUACAGGAUAAAUAUUUUACACAAUGUGAAAUUAAUAUAUAGCACUGUGUGCCAUAUUUUCUGUAAUCUACUUUUGCCCUUAACACCACCAUAGUCCAGGUUAAACAAAUCUGCUGGUCCAGUUUCUUCAGAAGUAUAACUUACUCUAGUAAAUCUUGUUGAUAUUUUUAACAUAAUGUUAUGCUGGUGAUCUAAAAUCAUCCAUAUGACUUCACAAGAAGAAGAAUAAAAUACUGCAGUGAAUAAAUAAAAUUGCUUUUCUCUCUG